AUGAGUUUAUUAAGACGUUUCAAGGCGACUGAUUUAUUCGAAUUUAAUAACAUCAAUCUUGAUCCAUUAACUGAAACAUACAACAUUUCCUUUUAUCUUCAAUACCUUGCUCGUUGGCCUGAUUUAUUCAGUGUUCAAGUAUCACCACAUAACCAUCUUAUGGGUUAUGUAAUGGGCAAAACAGAGGGCACAGGUAAAAACUGGCAUGGACACGUUACUGCUAUUACAGUAGCUCCAGAAUAUCGACGUCUAGGCCUUGCAGAAGGUAUGAUGAACCUUCUUGAACAAGUCUCUGAGUCUGUCUAUAAUGGUUGGUUUGUUGACCUCUAUGUUCGUAUUUCAAACUCUGUGGCGAUUGAUAUGUAUCGUAAGUUUGGAUAUUCUGUCUAUCGAAGAGUAAGGAACUACUAUGCAGGACAUACAAACGAGGAUGCCUAUGAUAUGAGAAAAGCAUUAGCAAGAGAUACGAAAAAGGAAACGAUUCGAGAAAAUGGGGAAAAAGUAUUUGUAAAUCCAGAAGAUUUAGAUUCAUGGCGUUAGACGCCGCGUCUCUUGAAUAGUGUCAUAUAGCUUCUUUUUGUAUCUGGAUUUGGACGCAUCAUAAAUAAAUUAUUCGUUGUAUGAGCUUUUGAUGAUCGAUUUUCAUCUCGUAUAUUGACUUCAGGGGCAAUGACGACUUUUUUCUUUUGUUGUUGAGGAGCUAAAAGACCUAAAUCAU